ACGCAAUUGCACUGCACUCUGUCGCUGUGCGUGCGUAAAAAGCGCACGCAGGAGGCGCGGGGGAGGUGCGGGGGAGCGGAGAGGACCGCGAGCGCUCGCCUGCAACAAACAGUCCACGAUAGACGCUCGGAAGAGCACGCCGCCCCCACAGGGCGUAUUCCAGUCUACGCGAACAACCCUCUACUAACUUCGUGCAGUGUUUCAAAAUUGUUUCACGCGAUCGUUUCAAAAUUAUAAAUAAGGACAAUAAUUGAAGUGAAUUUUUGAGGAAUUUUCGAAAAAAUCACAAUUCCAAAAGAUGGGGAGUAACGAAGGACAGCAGACUUUCUGUCUGAAAUGGAAUCACCACAAGACAAACCUGGUAGAAAUACUGGACGCCCUGAUAAAAGUCGAAACCUACGUCGACUGCACGCUAGUCGUCGACGACCACGUCACGUUCAAGGCGCACAGAGUCGUGCUCGCCGCCAACUCCCCCUACUUCCAGUCCAUCCUGGCCGACGUCUCGAUGGACCACUGCAGCAUCAUAUUUCCCGGGGUCAAGGACUUCGAGAUGCGAGCGCUCCUGGAGUACAUGUACACCGGCGAGGUCAACGUCACGCAGGCUCAGAUCCCCCGCAUCAUGAGAGUCGCCGAGCAGCUCGAGGUCAAAGGUCUCUUCGACAUGAGCGAGCUCCGGCGGGGCUCCACCAUCAGCGAGAGGAAUUCGGCCACCUCCCCCCCUAUGAUAGUUCCCGCCGCACCCUCGAGCGUAUCCCCGCCGGCCGUCUCCAACCGCUGGCAUCCUCCCCCGGUCGCCCCCGUCCUGUCCGCGGCCUACGAGUCGGUCGACAUGAAUCCGUUGAAACGUAAGAAGCUAUCCAGCAUGCUGGCCACCCGCGAUACUCCCAUCCUCAGAAACGUUCUGGCGCAGGCCACCCCCGUGGACUCCUCCCAGCCCAUGUCCCUCGUGUGCCAUCCGGUGACCGCUCACGAAUCCAGGCUGCAGUCGAACGGAUCGGCACACGAGGCCGACCGACCCGGGAGUCCCCCGCGACCCUUUGAUUAUAGACCUCGUCGCCUGUCGUCCCGCCCCUCGUCCCCGCACUACAACCGCUCCGACCGCUCCGAGGACGCUCACUCCCCCUACACCGAGAGGUCGUUCGAGGAGGACAGCCAGCGCACCUUCCAACCGUCGUCGCCACCUACUAAUUUCCAGCAGGACGUGCGGGCCGGCCUGGCCCCCUACGUGCCGCCCCAGCAGAAGCCUGAGUGGAAGCGCUAUAAGCAGUACACCAGGUCGGACAUCAUGUCGGCGAUCGAGUGCGUCCGAAACGGAAUGAGCGCACUGCAGGCGUCCCGCAAGUACGGCGUCCCGUCGCGCACGCUCUACGACAAAGUCAAGAAACUCGGCAUCACGACGAGUCGGCCGAUGAGCCGGGGGAUCAAGAGGGAGUCAAACGGCGCGGCUUUUCCUUACGGCUUGAGCGGCACCGGCGGCAGCGAUGACGCCUCCGCGACCACGCCGCUCAUAGAUCCCUCCUUUCUUCAACAAGCCCUAGAAGGCGCCACGAGGGACGGAGGCCGAGAAGCUCUACACGCCAUGGCUCUCGCCGCCGCAGCACACGCGGCGCUGGCUCCGCGCACCCCGCCCCGGUCGGCGCCGCAGUCCCCGCGCUCGCUACACACCGACGACGACCACGUCGAGGACCUGUCGGUGUCGCGUCGCCGCGACCCCGACCCCCCGGCCGGUGUCAUCGUCCCCCCGCGCAACUUCGCCCUGGACUGCGGAAGUGAACGAGACUAGACGCCGCACGCUACAAAACGAUCUUAAAAAGACUGACUUAGACGUACAAAACUAGUAUGUAAGGCAUUUUCUGCUAGGACGCGCCUGUGCGCUCUGACCGGGCGCUCCGGCCGGGUGAUUGCAAUGGGCCCCGGGGCCACUUUCGUUCUACCUCUAUAGUUCUUAUCUAUUUAUUUCUUACUCUAUAGAACCAUAUACGAAAUCAAAUUUCCGUUACUUGGUGACAUUUUAAUGAUUGUUUAUUUUCUUUGCAAAUUAUCCUCGUUUUAAAGUAAUGUGUUCAUUAGUUUAUAGUAUUUAAGUUAGCUUUAAUGGUUUAAUGUUAUCUCGCACGGAGCGGUGUACAGCCACGGUCUAGAAGGCAGUGCCGGCCACGCCACUCGGCAGAGGCUCCGCCUAGUCUAGUAAUUGUAUAGAUAUCUUAGUGACUGUGAUGUUCAUAGACUGAUAGCCGCCAUUACCUCACAACAAGUCUCUAGUCCGCCGCACCUCAGCGACAUCUCGAUCGUCCUUCAACUGUUUCCUCCGCCUGGGUUACAUCCUACCACCCGGUGCCCGCGGUGCUCGUUAUGCUCCUGCAGCAUACAAUUGUUUCCUAUUAACUACGGGUUUGAAUUUUGUGAUUGCCAUAAUUGUUCAUUGUUGAUUUUUACGAAUUGUGUAUCGAUUUGCACUUGCACCGGUGUAAUUUCGAAGGUUAGAUAGUAAAUGAAAGCGUUUAAAUGCUCAAUGUAGAAUACCACGUCUUUCUACACGUAAAAUGUUAAUCUAAGGACCUAAUUCAUGUGUAAGAGUAGGUAUUAGGUACCUAUGUUUUAAGCGUUUGGUUAGAGCUUUAGUGUGAACAACUUACCUAAAAGUUAUUUUAGAUUUACGCCGUCGCAAUAUUGUUAAUUACUCGGUUGGUCAAAUCAUAAAUAUAAAGCGCGACCUAAUUAAAUAUUUUUUUUUGGU